AUGGUCCCUCACGGGCCGAAAACACAAUGGUUCAUAUGGACUAUCGUCGCACCGUUGUGGAGAGGUGCGCUCCCUUUCAUCAACUUCGUCAAGAGUUGUUCACCAUUUACUGAUUUAUCCACGUUUAAAGUGACCCUCGGACGGUUUAUUUUCGUCAAGUACUCGCCACAUGCCGAAACUGAAGCUGCCACCAUGCGUUUCGUUCGCGAUCGGACGACAAUUCCAGUCCCAAGGGUCUGGGGUGUCCUGACUUUCCAAGGACUUCCAUACCUUUUCAUGUCUCGCCUUCCGGGGCGUGAUCUACGAUUUCCUGAAGCUUUGGGCUCUCUCUCAGAUGCUGGGAAGGAUCGCGUGCUCGACCAGCUCAAGGGCUUUGUAGAACAACUACGUGCGCUAGAACCUCCUACAAAGCCGCCUUUCAUCUGCAGCGUCCUCGGUGGCCCCGUUCUCGAUCACAGGCUCUCAACAACAGGUCCCUAUGGGCCGUACCGAGACGAAGCACAAUUCAACUCGCAGCGCCGCCAAGGUCUCACCGUUGAACAAUAUGCCGUCUACUCCAAAUUCUCUCCCGAAGUCCUUGACGCCGUCCGUCGUGCGCAUGCCAUCCGGCACCCGAUCGUCUUCACACACAAUGACUUACACCGUGGAAAUAUCCUCAUCGAAGGCGACCGCGUGACAGGCAUCGUCGAUUGGGAGUGCGCAGGGUGGUUUCCGGCGCAUUGGGAGUACGUCAAAGCCCUGUUCUUGAUUUACGAUCCCAAAGAUCCUUGGCUCAAGGACGUACCGACGUUCAUACCGGCAUUCGAGUUCGAAGCCAAUGUGGAUAUGAACCACGUUGGUUGGACGCGCGAUUGGAUUGGAGUCGUAUUGGAACCUGGCUUCGAUGAAAAUAUCGGGUUUCCAGUAGCGGAAUCCUUGAUAUAG